CUUCUUCUUCUCUUCGAGCUCUCAUCACUCGCAUCAAUGGCGUCCUCGUUCCUCUCAAACCCUAUCUCUUUCGCACUGCCAACCAAUCCAUUGCGCCGUAGAUCUUCUUCAUUGCCGUGCUCUCCUACUCUGCGGAGAGGAGGAGACCGGAAUCGUGGUGUUCUGGCCAUGGGCGGGGAUUUCUUGGGCGAUUUCGGUGCUAGGGAUCCUUUUCCGGCUGAGAUCGAGUCCAACUUCUGCGAGAAUAUUGUUGGAAAUUGGGACACGGAGCACAAGAUCCUUAUUCCCAAUCUCGCUGCUCUCUCCCUUGCCCAGCAGAGCUGCCAGCCCAUCUCUCCCUCCCAGCCCCCUUUGCCCUUUGAGGAAGCGGAGAAGCUGCUCAGGAAGGUUGUGGGUUGGAGGCUAGUAGAUGGUGAUGGAGGAACAAGACUCCAGUGUCUAUGGAAAGCAAGGGACUAUGGAUGUGGAAUAGAGCUUAUUAAUAGAAUUUAUAGAGUUGUGGAUGAAGCUGGACAUUAUCCAGAUCUUCAUUUGGAACACCCCAAUCAAGUCAGAGCAGAGCUAUGGACUGCUUCAAUAGGUGGUCUGAGUUUGAAUGAUUUCAUUGUGGCUGCUAAAAUAGAUGAAAUCAAAACACUAGAUCUCCUCCCAAAGAAACGGAUUUGGGCAUAGCAGUGGAAGCAGUAUUCUUCUUUGUCGAGAAGUUUCAUCUUCUUUUCUUUUCCUUUCAUUUCUUUUGUAUAUUUUUGCCAGAACUAUGGCUUGCUAUAGCAAUCAUUGACUGAAGGCUUUGUUGCCCUUUAGCAUUAACGCUUGUUAUUCUGUAGUCUCUUCAAUUGAGGCACAAGAAACUGACUUUUAUUGUACACCAUACUACCAUUAUGUGCUCAAUUUAACUUGUCAUGAUCAUCAUGAAUGUUAUUUUUA